AUGCUAUAUCUUCUCGCCGAUAUUGUGAACAAAGGGGUUAACAACGAUGACUGUGUAAUGCGUGUGAAGCGUGGUGAUGCUCAGCAGUUGAAUAAAAAACAUGCACCAGAGAAACAAGGUAAAACUGGGCCAGAUACGACGAAGCACGUUACACAAAACCAGCCCAAGCCGUCGGGUGUUGAUACCAAGAAGGAUAUUGAGGAUAAGCAAGAGAAGAAAUUCGCUAGGGAAAAGCGCAAAGUUGACAACAUCAGCACACGAAAAACCUCAACGCGACCAAAAAAUCAGGAGGCGGAUAGCGAAAGUAUCCAGGCUACGGAGCCUAAGACCACUCCCGGUCCUACCGGUGGGACGAUUGCUGAUUGCAGUGGGCGACAGUCCGUUCAACCACAAGAUGCAUCGGUAAGACCGGACAGCAGAAAUGUUUUCACAAUGGAAGGGAUGGGCGAAGAGGAGGCGCGAUCGACCGAGUCAACCCAACCGAUGGUCAGACCAUCGUCUGCAAAGGGAAUGCGGUCUCGAAAAGAAGAACCUGCCACAGAAACUCUGCCCUCCGAGGAAGACCAACAAAGGCCAAUUAUAACUCCAAAUGCUCGCCUUGCGCCCCCGCGUCCAAAGCGAAACCUUGACCAGAUAACCGAAGGUGGCGGCAUGAUUAAUGGACCACUGGGGUCCGCAGUAUCCACUCUGAUUAUUCCAGAAUCGCAUCAUGAAUCCGAUGACGCUGAUGAUGACCAGUUUGUAGUCGAGGAAACCAUCCGCGAUAGGUGUAAUUUGGGACCAUUCACCUUUCCCGUGGACGAGGAAGAUAAAGGAGAUCACGGUGGUCUAGUGUCCAAAAUGCUGCAGUCCAAGAAGGAUUUCGAAACUGGCAACCUGUUACCCCAUACAAAAUUUGACCUCAAGCCGGUCAGCCACAUUGACGAAACUGCACGGCAGCGUGAAAGAGCUCAAGUUGAAAAGGAGAUGGAAAAGCUUUGUGCGGCUUUGCAAUCCCUUUCUCGUUCUGCUUUACCUCUCGGUAAAUUGAUGGAUUUUGUACAAGAAGAUCUGGAAAGUAUGCAACAAGAAUACGAGCGGUGGACUGUUGAAAACCAAGAACUACAAAUACGCUUACGUCAAGAAGAAAGCCUGACCCAGUCAUCGAUCGAUCCACUUCGCUCCCAGUUGGCGGAAUUGCGACAGCAGUGUGCGGAACAUCGCAAAGCCAUAGCCAGCUGCAGUGCAAAAAUCCUGACAAACGAAGAACGCAUUCGAGAUAUGCUCUCAAGAUCAGUGGAAAUAGUACACUAG